GCUCUCACCAUGGCUGCAUGGAUUUCCCGAGGUGUGACUCGAAGGAAUGGCAGCUGGCUGCUGCCGUGUCCUAAUGCUGUGGCCCGAGUCUGCUCCAGUGGGGCUGGAAAACUGUCCUCUGUCCAGGGGGCCCUCUCUGCCUUCCAAGAAAAGCCUCGGACAGAAGAGGAGCUCCCUCAUGUCAGUCUCUUGGUGCAAAUAUACAGGAUGGUGUUUCAGGGUUUCUACAACCGUAUGCAUGAGCUACAGAUCUAUGAGAAACGGCUGUAUGGACCCAUAUACAGAGAUGGAUUAAAACAAGUGUGUGUGAACACUGCAAAGCUCCUGGAGGAAGUACUGAGGAAUGAUGAAAAGUUCCCCACCCGAGGAGACAUGUCUGUGUGGAAAGAGUAUCGCGACAUGAGAGGAUUCGGCUAUGGGCCUUUCACAGAGGAUGGGGAGAAGUGGUACAACCUGCGGGUGAUGCUGAACAAGCGCAUGCUGCAUCCGAAGGACUCUGCGCUGUAUGGUGGGGUCAUCAAUGAUGUGGUUACAGACUUCAUCAAGAGGAUAAACUUCCUGCGUCAGUGCAGCUCGACAGGAGACAUGGUGACCAACGUGGCCAAUGAGCUCUAUUAUUUUGCACUCGAAGGUAUUGCCUCCAUCCUGUUUGAGAGCAGGCUCGGGUGUUUGGAGAAGGAAAUCCCUGCAGGUACACAAGACUUCAUCAACUCCAUAAACCAGAUGCUCAGCAACAACACAAUUGUGUUCAUGUUGCCCAAGUGGAGCCGCAGUUUGCUGCCCUACUGGGGGCGCUACAUCGCAGGCUGGGAGGGCAUCUUCAGCUUUGCCAAAAAGUUGAUCGACCAGAAGAUGGACGUCAUUCAGAAGCGAGUGGACAACAACCAGCAUGUGGAGGGUGAAUACCUAACAUACCUGCUCUCAAACACUAAGCUGAGCACUAAAGACGUGUAUGGCAGCAUUGCUGAACUUCUACUAGCCGGAAUGGACACGACCUCCAAUACCCUCACAUGGACUUUGCACCUGCUGUCCCAGAACCCUCAAACCCAGGACAGACUCUACAAAGAAGUGUCCACAAUGGUGCCUGCAGACCAGAUCCCCUCUGCUGAGGAGGUCACUCGGAUGCCUUAUUUAAAGGCUGUAAUCAAGGAAGCACUGAGGAUGUACCCUGUGGUUCCUCUGAAUGCAAGGGUGAUUGCAGAAAAGGAAGUUACCAUCGGUGGAUAUAAAUUUUCAAAGAAAACCCCUUUCACGUUAUGUCACUAUGCCAUCAGUCAUGAUGAGGACACAUUCCCAGAGCCGUCUACAUUUAAGCCGGAGAGAUGGCUACGUGAUGGUCGUGAUAGGCCAACCCCCUUUGGAUCCAUUCCAUUUGGCUUUGGAGUGAGAGGCUGCGUAGGUCGGCGGAUUGCUGAGCUUGAGAUGUAUCUGGUUCUGUUUCGGGUAAUCAGGCACUUUGAAAUCAAACCAGACCCCACAAUCAAAGAGCUGAAAAGCAUCAACCGCACUGUUCUGGUACCAGACCGACAACUAAACCUACACUUUGUGGAAAGAGGGUGUAAAAACUCAGUUUGAUUUGCUUUUGCGGAUGUGUUCGAAUCAACAUGUUGCAUUUCAAUGAAAAAUGUGGAUUUUUAUGAAUGUUUGGUGUAUAAUGAGUGCAAGACAGGUUUGAAACUUUUGCUUUAACAAAUGUAAGUACAUAUAAAAGCCAGAUUUUAAAACUUCCAAAGAAAAGCAAGUAUAUCAUGUUUUUACGAAUGACAUAAUAAUCAAGAAAACAGUCAUAAUGUGGCUACAUAGAUUUUUUUCUUUGAACUCAUUUUAACAAGGAAGGUGAAGAGUCAUCAUCUGAGCUUCAGUUUUCAUAUUUGUGAUGAAGAGUAAAAUAAUAUUUUUAUAAUCUGUGUUUUGUUGUUUCCCACUGACCUUGUACAUUGCUCAUUUCAUUUAAUAUCAAAGUUGGCACUGCAUUUAAUGAUUUAAUAAAAACACUAUAGAGGAAAGAAUCUAUUAACAGAA